AUGCGAGUGGCAAUCAUUGGAUCCGGUCCUGCAGGUUUCUACACGGCCUAUCGAUUGAUGUCCAAGAUUCCCGACUCCAUCGUCGAUCUCUACGAACAACUCCCGGUCCCUUUCGGCCUCGCGCGCUUCGGAGUUGCGCCAGACCACCCAGAAGUCAAGAACUGCCAGGACAAGUUCGAAGAAGUGGCCGAGUCACCUAAUUUCAACUACAUUGGAAAUGUGAGGGUGGGGCACGAUGUACAGCUGUCGAGUUUGAAGGCACACUACGAUGCAAUGAUAUUCUCAUAUGGUGCAUCCGAAGACAAGAAACUUGGAAUACCGGGCGAAGACCUUCACGGUGUAUUCUCUGCGCGGGAAUUCGUGGGAUGGUACAAUGGACUACCGCAGUUCCAGAACUUGGCGCCUGAUCUGGAGGCAGGCGACCGGGCAGUAGUCAUCGGCCAGGGAAACGUCGCCUUGGAUGUUGCGCGGAUACUCCUUACACCCGUGGACAAGCUCAGGCAUACGGAUAUCACCGAGCAAGCUUUGGAGUAUCUGAGCAGGAGCAGGAUACGUCAAGUUAGAGUGGUUGGCAGACGUGGGCCGUUGCAGGCUGCUUUCACAGUAAAGGAAGCCCGCGAACUGAUGAACAUUGAAAAUGUCUCCUUCGAACCCAUCGACCCAUCCUUCUACCCCACAGACAUCAAAAAGCUUCCCCGUAUCCAAAAGCGCAUCGCCGAAGUCCUCCUGAAGGGCCCGAAGAACCCUCCAACCCACGCCUCAAAGUCCUGGGCCCUCGACUUCCUGAAGUCCCCCAUCUCCUUCAACCCCUCCCCCAGCACCAACAACCUAACCUCCAUAACCCUCUCCCACCAAACCUUCGCCCCCACCGCCGACCCUCUCUCCAAAUCCGCCUCCGUGGUCCCCACGAACGAAACCUCCACCCUCCCCACAUCCCUCGCCUUCCGCUCCGUGGGCUACAAGUCCACCGCACUACCCGGCCUCUCAGAUCUCGGCGUCCCCUUCGACACAAAACUCGGCAUCAUCCCCAACGACCCUUACGGCCGCGUCGUCUCGCCCUCCAAAGGACCCGGCGACCUCGCCGCCGCCCACGUUCCCGGCUUUUACUGCGCAGGCUGGGUGAAGCGCGGACCAACGGGCGUGAUCGCGAGCACCAUGGAAGACGCAUUCAUCUCUGCCGACGUCGUGGCUUCGGACUGGGAGUCUGGUGUGCCGUUCUUGAAUUCCGCGCCUGGCGGCGAGGGGAAGAGUACGGGGCUGGGGUGGGAGGGCGUGAGGGAAGAGGUGCUAGGGAACGGAGUCAGGGCGCUUGGGUGGAGCGACUGGAAGAGGAUUGAUGAGGUGGAGAGGGAGAGGGGAGGUAAGCUUGGGAAGGAGAGGGAGAAGUUUGGGAGUGUGGAUGAGAUGUUGGGGGCUUUGGAUGGGUGA